AAAAAGAAGGAAUAUCUCUGGGAGCUCAUCAGGUGAAUUCAACAAUUUGAAGGUUUCAAACCCUAAAUUUUCCGUAGGGAUUUCGAAGCUUUUGAAUCUAUGGCGUCUCGAAGGCGAGUGCUUUUAAAGGUCAUCAUCCUCGGAGACAGCGGGGUUGGAAAGACAUCUUUGAUGAAUCAAUAUGUGAAUCGUAAAUUCAGUAACCAGUACAAAGCAACCAUUGGAGCGGAUUUUUUGACAAAAGAAGUUCAGUUUGAAGAUAGGCUAUUCACAUUGCAGAUAUGGGAUACUGCUGGGCAGGAGAGGUUCCAAAGCCUUGGUGUUGCUUUCUACCGUGGUGCAGACUGCUGUGUUCUCGUCUAUGAUGUGAAUGUCAUGAAAUCAUUUGAUGACCUUAACAAUUGGCGAGAAGAAUUUCUGAUUCAGGCAAGCCCCUCAGACCCUGAGAACUUUCCAUUUGUAGUGUUGGGGAACAAGAUAGAUGUUGAUGGUGGGAACAGCCGGGUGGUAUCUGAGAAGAAGGCAAAGGCAUGGUGUGCCUCGAAGGGGAAUAUUCCCUACUUCGAGACUUCUGCUAAGGAGGGCAUUAAUGUGGAAGCUGCUUUUCAGUGUAUAGCCAAGAGUGCUCUAAAGAAUGAACCUGAAGAAGAAAUAUAUCUGCCUGAAACCAUUGAUGUGGCGGGUGGAGGUCGGCAACAAAGAUCAACUGGCUGUGAAUGUUAGGGUGUUGAUAAGGAAAUUUGUGUUUGUAUUGGGAUGUAAAGGCUACUUAAUCCUCCAUUCAUUAUGCAGUAAUAAUUCAGUGAAGGUUAUUGGGGGGGGGGGGUGUUCUAUUGUAUAGUAGGUGGUCAAAGAAAUGGAGACAAUGUGGCAAUGGUGUAUCUAUUUAUCCCCUCCAUGACUCUUUAUCGCUUUCCAACUGCCUUACUGCAAUUUAUUGAGAUUUUUAUGUUAGUAUGAAGUAUAUUUGGCAUUGACGUUUGUAC